GCGGCGCAGCGGGCCAAGAGCCGGGCGCGCGGGCGCAGAGGCACUGGGGCCGUCGGGCGCGUGUCUCUCCAGCCAUGGGGUCCGCAGGGCUGGAAAUCCUGGGUCUAGUGCUGUGCCUUUUGGGCUGGGUGGGCCUGAUCCUGGCGUGCGGACUGCCCAUGUGGCAGGUGACUGCCUUCCUGGACCACAACAUCGUGACGGCACAGACCACCUGGAAAGGGUUGUGGAUGUCGUGCGUGGUGCAGAGCACGGGGCACAUGCAGUGUAAGGUGUACGACUCGGUGCUGGCACUGAGCGCCGAGGUACAGGCGGCUCGCGCGCUCACCGUGGGGGCCGUGCUGCUGGCGCUUGUCGCGCUCUUCGUGACCCUGGCGGGCGCGCAGUGCACCACCUGCGUGGCCCCGGGACCGGCCAAGGCGCGCUUGGCCCUCACCGGCGGCUCCAUCUACGCGCUUUGCGGGCUGCUGGCCCUCGUGCCGCUCUGCUGGUUCGCCAACAUCGUGGUGCGUGAGUUCUACGACCCAGCCGUCCCAGUGUCCAAGAAAUAUGAUCUAGGCGCGGCGCUGUACAUCGGCUGGGCAGCCUCGGCGCUGCUCAUGUGCGGUGGUGGCCUCGUGUGCUGCGGUGCCUGGGCUUGCGCCGGCCGCCCAGACCUUAGCUUCCCGGUCAAGUACUCUGUGCCGCGGCGAUCCACGGCUGGCGGCGACUACGACAAGAAGAACUACGUCUAAGGACGCUGCGCACCGGAGGCGGCCUGCGCUGGGCCGCGCAGGUACAGGCUUCACGCAGCGCUCAGCCACGGCCCACGAAUGGCCCCUACCCGGCCCGCAGCCCGUCGGCGCCCUGAGCCGACUACACGCAUGUGUGAGAACUGGUUUUCUCUUCUGUGCCCAGCUCUGGCUCCUAUGUGGGUGGGGCCCGGGUUCCAUAGGCCGCAAGGACACAAGAUUGAAGAUGCUGCUUUCCUCUGACCCUACGGGUCUUGGACGCUGCCUUCCUUCUCAGCGGCUGCUGCUGAUUUCAGAGCGGCAUUGGACAGACCAGGGCUGGCAGCCUGAUGGGCUGGGUCCUGCCGAGGGGCGUGCGCAGCGGCCUUUACUCCAUCAAUGGGGCCUCAGCUAGGGGGACCAAGAGACUUGGCCUGGACCUCCUGCCUUACCCCAGCAGCUUCCCAGUGAGGCUUGCGGUCACCAAGCCUAAGUGCAGGGCUGGAGCUGUCUUCCCCGCAGUUUGGAGGGAGGAAGAAUCUGCUUACUAAAUGGUUUGAAUAUCCUCCACCUUGUGUCCUGUCCUCUGUCCAGUCAUCGCCUGUGCCCCAGGAGCCCCCACUCACCCAUCCACCCACCAACUCCUCCCUGAAGGCUCCCUGAGCUGGCCCCUUGGGCCAAGUCCAAUGGCCUCAUCCCUGGCCCUCCCCACCACCCUGUCACCUUCCUGCUGCUACCAGGUGGGGGAUACAGGGCCUCCUACAGCCAUUUCAAGCCAGGAUGAGAUCUGCAGUCAGAACAGCUACUGCUGAGUCAUAACCCCAGGGGUCAGGCAGGGAAAGUGAAGCAGCCUCCCAGCAGAGUACAUGGUGGCCAGUGGGGUGGGAGGUCUCAGGAGGUAGGAGGUGCUGAGAGUGGGCAGCCAGACUACUUACUGAUUUUGCCCAGAAGGGGCUGGGCCCUAGCAUCACGUUUUCCACCUUCUCUGGAUCCUGUAAAGUGGGCCACAGACAACACUGGACUAGGGCCUUUUCUGCAGGGAGGGGUGGGCACAGGGGCGACACCUGGAUUUGCGGGUUCCACAGAACUCAGUGGCAGGUUGACAAUCACGGUGCCAUGGGGAGGAGGCACUGGCUGCCGGUUGUCCAGAGGGUCCAUCAGCUUGGCUCCAGCCUGGUCGUUCUGGGAUCGUCUGCCAGUCAUGGCACAGCUCUGUGCAGGGCCGGCCUGUGCCCACCCUGCUGGCCUGGUGCUAACCCAGACUGGCCAGCAGACCUCUGUGCCAGCCCCUCUUGGAGCACCCUGUGUGAUCUCCCUCCUGUGGGCAGCCAGCACUGGUCCCGGCUGGGUACCUGGGGGUGGUGUCCCAGGAGGACAGGGCAAGCCAGAACUAUCUUGAAGAAUAGUUACUACAGCUCGCAUUUUUACCUUUCCCCAAAAGGCUAGCGCAGUGGGAAGGCUUGGCACCCACUCCCAGGCCUGGCUGGCCUCAGGGCCCUGCCAAGAAGCGCCUGGGCUGCGUCCAGUGGCAAGGAGUCUCCCAGGCCUGGCCAGGUUCCUCGUGGUAGGGAAGGGCUCAGAGGGGGGUGGGAGCAGCCUCUGUGAAUGGUGUGGCAGAUUCCUGGGAGUCAGAAUGAAGCCAAUGGGUCAGCUGUCCAUGGAGGCUGAACUUUCUGAUGGCCUUGGUCCCUACAAUGGGACACGAUGCAGUGACCAAAAACAGUCUCAAGCCUGGGAAUGUAUGACCCUGGAGCUGCAACUCUGCAUUCAAGGUGCUCACGUGGCUACAUCUGGCCCCUGGCAGGGGCAGCGCUAGGAUAGGGUGCUUGGCUGAGGAACCAGGCCUGGAGGUUGCCCAGGUGGGGCUGCAACCCACACAAGCCUUUCCCUAGGGCACAACAUGCCCUUGCUCUCCUCAGUCCCCAGGCACAGCUCUGAUUCCUGAGGGCAGUGGCAUAGCUUCUGAGCUUUCCCAAGUGGCCAGGUGGGUGGCUUGAGGGCCCUGGAGAGCCAGGCUGCUGCCAGCCAGACCCAUGCCAGGAAGGGCCAUGGAAAACCUCCACUUGUGGUUGGGGUACCGCCAGAGGUCAGGGGAAGGGAGCUGGGUUCAACUCCACUGAGGCCACUGCCCUUCUGAAGGGCCACACUGAAGCUCAGGUGUGGGGACAGGUGAGACUCAGCCCCACCCACCUAUGUCCUCACACUAGGCCACUCUUUCUGGGCUCUUCCCUACACCUGUGCCCAUGCUCUCCCUACCCACUUAAAGCCUAACACGGCCGCCCCACACAGCCCAGGGCCUCACUGGCGCUCUCCCCCCAGCCUGCCUGCUUCCCCUGCACCUGCACCUCCAGGCCGCAGCCACCAGACUGCCUCAACCCAAAUGAGGGCAGAACGGCUCUUGCUCUCUCCACCCUGGAGGAGGAGGAGCAGCAUCCUCCUCGCCUCUGGAUCCCCCUCAACACUCACAGGUGCUCAGGGGCCAGGUGGGGAGAGGGCAGGCCAGCUGGCCUCAAGGCUCUGGACUGCGCAAGCCCCACUGCUCUGAAAAUGAUGGAGCUGACUGAAGUCCCGUCCAGUUCAAACCUUCUGUGACCAGGAUGUGGGUGAUGCUGACCUUGGGGCCUCGGGAGGUGGGAGGCGCACGGUGCCUCCUGGACUGCCUGUGACCCUCUCAACCAGUCUGGCUUAUCCCAGUUUAAGGCCCUUGCUGCUACUCCCCCCCAUCCCACUAAAGUGCAGAGAAGCCAAACCUGCCCACACACUUGGCGUGGGGGCACACAGCUAUCCCAGGAGGGUGGGAGGGGCACUCGGACAGGGCUGCAUGGUGGAGGAAGGCUGUUGGGUGGCCAGCUCAGGUCUGCUUGGGGAAGUGGGUGGCCGGGGAGGAAGUGGAGGGAGAGUGGGAGGACAGAGCCUGUCCUCUCUGGGUACCACUAGGCAGUGGUGCUGAGGGCCUGGCUUCUGGAACUGCCCUGCAAGGAGUCUGAGGACAGGGUGGAAGACUUGUUUAUGGGGCUGAGCAGGAGGGCCCUACCUCUGCCAGAUGGGAGAUGCCCGGGGGCACAGGAUCCCACUCCUCUGGGCCCACAGAGCCCAGGGCCGACCCAUAGGCUGGCCCGGUGGCUGGGGCUGAGGAGGAUGAUUAGAACAUAAAAUAACAUUUUAUUCCAUGAAAAACAAAUUCUCCCUACGUCUCAAACUAUGCCCAUAAUUUACAGUCUAAAUAAAAGCAGUGAACAUAAAUAAGGAGGAGGAGGAGGUCAUUUCUGAAGAAAGCACACCUUGAAAAAUAAAGGGGAAAAAAAAGAAAUUUCAAACAAUUUUUCAUGUCUCCCCCAAUUAAACACAUGAAGCGCCCAGCCCUGCCCUCUGGCAUGCUGGGCGGAUACCCUGGUCCUGAGGUGGCCGUGGAGUCACCACAACCCAUCGUGGGGGGUGAGGGGUGGGUGUCUAUAGGCAAGGUGCCACCCCAGGACUUCAAGGGCACUGGGCAUCCCUGGAGGGCACCCUGCCCAGGCCCAGGUUCUGUCCCACUGAAGAACUCCAACACUGUGCAGCACGGGGAAGCGCCUCCUUCUCACCUGCUGACCUGCCAUCUGUUUGUCCCUCUGCACCCCAGCCCCAGGUGUGCCCUCGUUCCCCACGUGCCGGCUCUCGGGUCCACAUCCCUUGCAUGCACUCCUCCUCUUGCCUGGAGCAUCUUACCCUCCCUGUCCCCCUGAACACUGCUUCUCGUCCCACCUGGUCCUUAACUUAGUGGCGGGACACCCAGCAGCACCUGCUGUAUCGCUGAGCAGACUGCAGGGGCCGAACGGCCUCAGACAAAGCUCUGCUGCCUGAGAUCCUCCACCUGUAACCUUAGGUUUAGGUUGUAACCCUAAAAAGGUGCUCAGCAGAACCUCCGUCCUUGCCCCAAGGAGCAGUGACUGCGUCAGGCCCCAGGUUAGAGCUGGUCUGGACACUCCUUAUCUAGCCAGGGUGUUCACCUUAUUUUCAGAGGAGGAAACAGGCUCAGAGAGCUAAGUACGGCCCAAGGCCACACUGCGGAUGAGCUAAGAGACCUUGCUGCAGACCCAAAGGUCUGACUUAGAGCCCCUUCCCUGACACAUGGUCUGUGUACCCCAGGCCACCCUGAGAGGGGCUGUAGGUCCCUGAGGUCAUCAUGCCUUUCUCAGACGAGCCCACUCCAGCCCCCACAGGAGAAUGGGUACCUGGUCCCACAGCUUCUAGCUUACUACGGGUGAAAGGGGGAGCAGGAGGGCCCUGGGCCCAACAUGAGGGGACCCUGAUGUCAGUGCUACCCCACCUGAUAAGAGUUGUAUGUCACUGUGCCCUGGAGGUGUGUCCACUGUGUGUGGGGACCUGGGCUGAGGGGCGGUGACACCAAAACACAGCAGACCCAUGCCACAUCAGCUCUGGCCUACUUCCCGGGUGGAAGGGAAGAUGCCCAAGAAAGAGGGGGCAUGUGGGGCAUCCCGGGUCCCAGCCCCACUGUCGGUGACUGGCAAUGGAGCCUUUGGAAGUGCACACUGGGGAGGUGCCUUCAGAGCUGACUCUUGUCACCCUCAGCUGGGCUGCUUUCCCAGUAUGCCUCUGUGGACUCUAGUCCAGGGCCUGGCGUGAAGGCUGCUGGCGGCAGGAAGGUUCUGGUGCCUCCUGCAGGUGACCAUGAGGGAGAGGAGGGCUCACGGGUGGCCUCUGCUCUUGGCAGUGCCAGGAAGUCUGUGUGUCUCACGCAUGCACACGCCUGUGCCCAGCCCCCAUGGUGUGGCAGGAGAGGAUAAGAUGCCAGCUCUUUCCAAAGGGAUCACAGGAGCUUAAUGAAAUUAGUUCCUUCAAAAAUGUGCCACUGUGUCACUGUGGGCAGCCAGGGACAGACAGUGUUGGGAAAAUCUCCUGGCAAGCCCCACUUUGGUCUGAGAGCUGAGUCGAAGCCUCACUCGAGGGAGGAACAGGGAACUGGCUCAGAUGGGCAGGGCUGUCUCUGAGGACCCCCCACAUGGACCUGGCCAGCAACUCCCCCCACACAACUCACCCUCAGGACAGGAGAGAAACAAGUGCAUCCAGAAACUUGCUCCGGUCCUCUGCUUUCAGUUCAAUUACUGCAGUAAUGAAAGAAAAACAUCUUGUCAGGUGGGAGGGUGGCGGUGUAGGGGCGUGGGGACGGGAGUGAAUGCGAAGUGAGAAGUACAGUUUAGGGCAUGUGAACUCCCUCUCACUGACCAUCUCCAGAGGGAACAACACUUUGCCACACUCCGGAAUGUACCAGGCUGUCCUGGCCUGCGGUAUCCCGGACUCAAUUACAUUUCCUCAUCCCACUGUGUAUAGUGCUCAGAAACCGCUGGAGCUGUGGUCUGUGAGAAGGACUCUCCGGGUACCUGGGUGUCAGCAUUGCCAACUGCUGAAGGGGACUCGGAGGAUGUGACAACUCAGAAUGUUGCAGAUCUGGACAGAGAUGGACCAUCCUGCACUGCCCGCACAUAACCCUGCCUCACAGUGGGCUGUGGGGGAGCCCGGAGGGGGAAGGGUCAGCCUGUAGCCCGCUCUUGCCAGUUCCCCAGCUUCAAGGUCCUCAAUAGUAGAAAGGGACAUGGAUUCAUUGCCCCUGGCUCUGAGGGCUAUCAUGUGGGCCCUCAUCAAACAGGGCAAAGCUGGGACCCGGAAAGAGGGGCUUGCCUGGCCCCACCGCCAUCAGUGCUGUAACCACAGCUCCAAGAGCCCCAGGCCCAACGUGUCCAGGUGGGUGCUGGCCACGGCCCCUCUGCAUCCUCCGCUGGCCCUGUUCUCCACACACUGGAGACCAAGCAGCUUUCCGUCCACAAAUGCUGCCCAUGUAGAGAAGGCGGGAUGUCAGCCUCAUCACACAUCAAGGGCGUGAAAUGAGGCGGGGGGGAUGCUCAAGGGUAUAUGCCUUAGCAUAGUACCAAAGCCGUGACCUGACCUGGAGGGGGCAAACCAGCUCUAAGAUGACUGAGACAGCUUGAACAAAGCCUGGUCUGUGACGAGAGUAAUCAGUAUUGUGAAGGAACUAGGUGGUGAUGCUGCAGGAAAUGCCCUUUGGGACAGGUACAGGCAGAAGCAUUUAGGCGUGAAGGGUCCAAUGUCUGUUUUACUUUAAAUUCCUCCAGGAAAAAUAAAAAGGCAAAUACGGCAAAAAAUGAACCAUCGUCCAAUGCCGGGGACAAGAUGGGUGGGGUGGGGCAGGAUGCGCCCAAUCUCUGGGUAUGAUUUUCUCAUCCAAAAUGCAGGUGGUGAGUGCUAAGCUGGCACACAGGGGACUGCACUGUCCUCGUGGCUACUAUGCCAUCUGAUCCCGCUGGAGCUGGAGGCAGGAGCCUUCCCAACAAGAUGCAGCUCCUGGUGUGCAGUGGCAGCAGUCAUGCAGUGGGUGUCCUUGGUUGCCACAGGCCUUGCUGUUUUAUCCACUGCAGAAGCAGGAAAUGGCCCUGAUCUGUGAAGCUGGGGGACAGGAGGGACCGUGGGAUUGUCCAGUCGCGUUAGUGAAGUAAGGUUCUUGAAGGGACUGGAUUAUAAGGGGGAACCAGGCCCGGGGGGAGGGAACGGUAUGCCAGGGCUCCUCAGGUGCCCCCUGGAUCUGAGGUCAGCACUGGCCUCGGAGGGGCAGGCAAGGGAGGUGUGGCCACAGUGGCGGUGGUGGUGGGAGGUGGGGGGACUCUUACCAGACAGGUCGAAGUGGUUGUGCAGUGUCCGGGAGCUGGUACUCUCUGCAGCCUUCUCAAAUGCCCUCCCAAAAAAGCUGCCGGUACAGGAGGCACACAUUGGGUGCCAGCCCACCUGUAAUGCCCCUUCCUGCCACCCUCAGCCCCAGACUCCUCCAGCUACCCCCACCCCCGCCACCAGCUUUGCCCCUGUCUGCACUGCCCUUCUUCCUGGGCCCCUUUCUCUAAGGGCCUCUCCUACCACUGGAUGGCCGAAGCUGCCAUCUCCGUCCUCGCUCUCCCUGUACCCAGUCCUUGGGCCCCGUGUUAGCUAUGAGGGCCCCUGGCUGGGUUUCGGGCCCCCCAACUGUCCUAUGGCCACUCAUCUCAUGCUCCCUCCAUGCGCACUCCCAUGGCUCUUCCCCAUCUGAGCCACCCUGUGCAGAUCCCCUGGCACCC